GGACUGAGGAGAUGGCAGGAAGAAAGCUGCUGGGAGAGUAUGGAUCAGAUUGAAGUCUUUUCUAACAAGACCCAACUGAAUUGCAGCAAAUUUCCGUAAUUCACCAGAGUCAGAUGAUAACAGAAAGUUUAAAAGAGAAGAGCGCAUUGAAGAAUGUAGAAAUUGGAACUUUCUCAAAAUGAGAAAAAGAGAAUCUCCUGUUCCAGUUCUGGACACAGUUGGGAUGUGCAGUGAAACAAAUUCAGCAAUGGGUCAGGAAGCUGGAAAGCCUGCAUGGCCAAAACCAGCAGGUGGCUAUCAAACUAUUACAGGCCGAAGAUACGGAAGAAGGCAUGCCUAUAUUAGUUUCAGACCAUCUCUGAUGAACCAAGAGAGAAAUUUGAACCAACACGACAGAGAAUGUGAAGGACUGGAACUAGACAGUGUUCAAAAAGAAAAUUCUUUGUGUUCCAGUCCACUGGCCCAAGUAUGUUCUGCUUUGGCAGAUGUACCAUUGUUAGCAAAUGUUGGAUCAGAAGAUCUUUAUAGUCAAGCUGAGCUGAGCCAAGCAGUCAACACAGAUGCUUCUCCAUUUUCUCCAGCAUCUUACAGUUUGGGAGACAAUCAAACUGGGGGUAACAAUAUGAAUUCUGAAGGUUGUGCAGAGUAUACUUGUGGAGAGCACAAUAACCUUAAUAGUCAGAACGGAAUUGCUUUUGUAAACAUUGACUCUUAUGAGCCGGAUAGCAGUGAUGGAGAGGAAGAGAGUGACCAAAAUGAUAUUUCAUUAGUUAAAGAAGACCCAGGAAUACUUCAAGAGACACUAGAUAAUAUGCUUUCUGAGUUGGAGAAAGAAGUGGACUCCUUCAAUGAUCUGCAGUCUCAUCUGUCCAAUUUCAAUCAUAAUGCAAGCAAAAAUUAUGAAGACCUAAGACCAGUGCCUUGCAAGAGACAGUCUAGCAUAGAACUGGAUACAUCUCUCCAAAAUAAGACACUUCUGAAAACAUCUAAUGAAGAGGAGUCUCUAAUAAAAAAUAACCUUAGUAUUUCUUCUGAUGUGGAACAGCAAAAAAAUACAGCUGGUCCUACAAUUAGGACACAAAUAGGAAUUUGUAAUGAACUGAGUACUAUGAAUAUGAAGACAGACCAAGAGAAUUCAUCAGAACUGGUAGUGAGACCCAAAGUUAGAAAACAAAAUCCUGUGAGCCAGUUGGAUAGGAAGCAGUCUCUUACAAAUGAAGAGGAAGAAAAGAGCAGCACUAGAAGGUGGAGUGAGAAUGUGGAUGUCCAGCAACGCAAUGCAGAACGUGUCUUGAAACACAGCAAGGAAAAAAACAAUUCUAGUAUGUUUUUUGAUCCAAGAGACUAUGAAGGAGCUCAAAAGAAAAUAAAAAGUGAACUAAGGAAACAAAAUAUAACUCUUCAAGAAAAAAGAAAAGUAGAUGACAGUGCUUUCUGGGAUGACUUUGAAGACUGUAGCAGAAAUCUAUCUAGCUCCAAUAAAGAUGAAGACAGCUCUGAAUGCAGUGAUGGUGAAUGGUCUGCAUCUUUGCCCUCCUAUUUUGCUGUGACUGUGAAAGAGCAAUCCUCCAGUGAUGAGAGCUGGGAGACGCUUCCAGGAAAAGAGGAACAGGAACCUGAAUUGCAGAGUGACAGCAGUGGUGUGGAAGAGGAACACAAUGAGUUUGGUUUUCAAGCAGGGGAACAGACUACUCUGGAAGAUGGUGAGAUUCCUUGGUUGCAGUAUCAUGAAGAAAUUGAAAGUAGCAGUGAUGAGGAAAAUGAUGAAGUGAGCCAUUUUGUGCAUCCUGGUUUUUUCAUGUUAGAUGGAAACAAUAAUUUAGAAGAUGAUUCCAGUAUGAGUGAAGACCUAGACGUGGAAUGGAGGCUACUUGAUGAAUUCGGUGAUGGUCUAGGUGUUGCUCAAGCCAUUUCUUAUGUGGAUCCCCAUUUUCUUACUUACAUGGCCUUGGAAGAACGAUUGGCCCAGGCAAUGGAGACUGCUCUGGCACAUCUGGAGUCCCUUGCAAUUGAUGUUGAGCAGGCUCAUCCGCCAGCUAGUAAGGAGAGCAUAGACUGUCUGCCACAAAUUAUCAUCACAGAAGAUCACAAUGCUGUAGGUCAGGAGCAGUGCUGUGCUAUCUGCUGCAGUGAGUACAUCAAAGAAGAAAUUGUAAUGGAGCUUCCCUGUCACCACUUCUUUCAUAAGCCUUGCAUCACACUUUGGUUACAAAAGUCAGGAACAUGUCCUGUAUGCCGCCAUGUGCUUGCGCCUGUGCUUCCAGAGGCAUCUAUUCCUACAGUUACCUUCCUGCCUGAUCACGAUUCAGUCCACAGUACUUCAGGAACACAAUAAAAUGAACUUCUGAAAAGAGAGUUUGGCCCAUCAAAUUUUACUGUAAAUUUCUCCUGUUUAAUUACAAUGUGAAAUUGGUUUAUAUGUAAGUAUAUAUAAAUAUAUAUUAAAAACACCUUAGAAAGAGAAUGUAUGACCUUUCUAAAUGGUUUAGGUUUACAGUAAGAGCUAGAAUUAUCAUACUGAAAGGUGUAAAAGCUUGCACUAGUUUUCUGCAGUAAAACUUGUUGCUGUUAACUAAUGUCUAAUGCUUAUAUUAAAUUUGUCUCAAGGAAUGAUCACGUGUUCAGGUUAAUGCAACUGCAGUGCAGUUGGAGCUUACAAACAUUAUGGAUAUAAACUGUUUUACAUUAUAAAAUAAUUGAGGCUUGGGUUGUUUCUUUUUGUUUAAAAAUAGUGCCACUUAAUUACUUUGUACAUAGCUCUUUCAUAUUUGCAUCAAAUGUGAAGACGUUCUGUGAUCACAGCAGUAGUAUACUUAGGUUUCACUGGAAAUAAAAAGCAUAAUCACACAGUUCUCUGUGAUUUCAUGAUAA